AACUAUUAUUCUCUAAGUCAUAAAGUCAUUUGCUCAAGUGUUUGUGUUAACAUAUUUUGUUUGCAUUUGUAGCUCAAUGGUGGCGGAUGUAUGGUUCAGAUACUCCAUAUUUGCAACAACUUGCAAUAAGGAUCCUUAGCUUGACAUGUAGUGCUUCGGGUUGUGAACGUAAUUGGAGCGUCUUUGAGCAAGUUCAUACCAAGAGAAGGAAUAGACUCGAGCAUAAAAGACUACAUGACUUGGUAUUUGUCAAGUAUAAUCAAGCACUCCAUCAAAGGUAUAACCUUAAGGAUGAAAUCGAUCCCAUUAGUCUCAAUGGGAUUGAUGAUUGCAAUGAGUGGCUAAUUGGAGAGAUGGAUGAGGAAGAAGGUGAAGAUGAGAGGGUUCAUGAAGGAGAUGAUGACCUUACUUGGAGACAAGUUUAUCAAGCUUCGGGACUUGAUGAGCCUAGACAAUACACUAGGCAUCACAAAAGGAGAGGAGCAAGUAGGAACAUCUACUAAUCCUUCUAAAAAAGCCAAAGGAUUAGCUUCAAAGAAUAAGGGGAAAAGGGUUGAAGAAGUUGAGGCAUCAGAAGAUUCUAG